CGUGAAGAACUUUUAGCUGCUGUGGGUUCUGAUUAAACUGACUGGACCGAUGAGCGGACCCGGUACCGGAGCACCUGUACCAUCAGACUGUCAGUCCUCCGGUCCACCGGAGCGUCUCUCCCUCUCUCCGCCUCCUCCGCUGCGCUCAAACCGAGCGGCGGUUCUCGGCUCAUCUCCGUUUUUUCGGACCGUUCCUCGUCCUUCAGACCAGACGGACGGAGAACCUGGAGAACCUGGAGGUUCUGGUUCUGAACAUCAGCAGAUCGUCGCUGCGGAUCUGCGGACUGAAUUCUCACUUUUCUUCCGUUUUUUUCCCACUUUUCUCAGAUUCCUGCUGGUUCGGUCCGUGGGUUCUGGAGGAGAUGUUCUGGAGGUUCUAAAGCUUCUGUUCUGUCAUCUCUAGAUCCGUUUCACCUCCUAAACCUACGGAGAGGAACCAGAGGAGCAGUUAAAUGGUUUAGAGAACAUCUGUUUGUUCAGAACUCCUGGAUCUGUGGAGGAACGGAGGAUUUAAAGAACCUCAAAGCAGCCCAGGAACCCAGAAACAUUCAGAACAUCUGAACCUUCUGGAUCAACUGUAGUUUGUUUAUUUAUUUAUUUAUUGGCUUCAUGGUGGAACUUUGACAACUUUGAACAUCCUGAUAGUGUAGAGGAACACAGAGGAACCCUCUAAAUCUCUAGGUGGAACUCUGAACCUUUUCUGAUAGUUGAGGGAAAUACCAAGAAUGCAGAAGAACCCAGAGGAACCUCACAAGAACACAAGACAUACAACAUGUUCUGGUGUAAUUCUGAUGUCUGCCUCUGAGAACUGUUGGGGUUCUGUAGAGAACUCAGAGGAACCCUGAUUAAUGUUAAGACUUAAACACUUUGAUAAGUUUGAUAGAUUCUCAGGAACUCUAUAGAACCCGAUUAGAACCUUUCUGGAUUUCUGAGUAUUUAUCCAGAGGAACCAAAGAACGACCUCUCAGACCCUUAGAAACUCUUUGGGAAGCUCUACAGAUUUAUGUAGAUCUUAGAAGAACCUUGACAGAAUCUCUGAUGGGAUCCUUUAAAACUCAGUGAAAUCUGGGUUCUGCUGAGUCCACAGGUUCCUUCAACGCUCUAAACCCAAAAGAACACGGAUUACCUUCAAGACUUAACUAACCUUUGAUCAGUGCUUUAGAUUCUAGAGAUUUUGAAGAACCCUAAAAAGACUCCAGAAAAGAUUUAGUCCCUCUGGAAAUCUGAGGGUUUAUCUAGAAGAACGUCUGAGAACCUUGAGGGCUCUCUGGGAAGCCGUAAAGGUUCCCUCUCUUUCAGAAACUCUGAGAAGACCUUUGAGAUCUUGAUUAAAUCUUCUCUCCCAGAAGAACCAUAAGAACCCUGAAGAUUGGUCCCAGAGGAACCUUGAGAACACCUUCGAUAAGAGACCUGAAAGACUCUGAUCAAUGUUGGGAACCGAUUUUGGCCUCGAGGAACCUGAAGAACAUUUCUGAAUUCAUUAAAACUCUGAGGGAACCUCGGAUCCUCUGAGGAACCCUACAACAAGACACUGAGCAGGUUGGAGCAUGUAAAGGACACUGAAGAACCCAACACAAAAUGUUUAAGUGCCUGGAGGAACCCUAAAGAACCGUGUGGCCCCUGAAGUCCUCAGAGAAAUCAGAGUGCAUCAGUGGAGGAGUCUGAGGAUCCUGAGAAGAACCUGCAGAGCCUCUGUGGACCUUCAUAAAGUGCAGAGGAACCCUGAGAACCUCCAGAGAACCGAUGGGAACCCUGAGGGACCUUCAGUACGCCCUGCAGGAGAAGAUCGAGGAGCUUCGUCAGCGCGACGCUCUGAUCGACGAGCUGGAGCUGGAGCUGGACCAGAAGGACGAGCUGAUCCAGCGGCUGCAGAACGAGCUGGACAAGUACCGUUCCGUGAUCCGACCCGCCACGGCACAGGUCCAGGCCCACGGUCUGGUUCUCCGACCCGACCAGCACCGCAGCAAACGCCAGGCCAUCUCUGCCGAGCCCACGGCCUGCGACAUCAGCGCCCUGAGCCACGUCACGCUGCCGUUCUACGCCAAGAGCCCCGAGUCCAGGGAGCUGAUCAAGGAGGCCAUUCUGGACAACGACUUCAUGAAGAACCUGGAGCUGUCUCAGAUCCAGGAGAUCGUGGACUGCAUGUACCCAGUGGAUUAUGGGAUGGAGGCCUGCAUCAUCAAGGAGGGCGACGUGGGGUCUCUGGUCUUUGUCAUGGAGGAGGGUAAGGUGGAGGUGACCAAGGAGGGCAUGAAGCUGUGCACCAUGGGACCAGGGAAGGUGUUUGGAGAGCUGGCCAUCCUCUACAACUGCACCCGGACGGCCACGGUCAGGACUCUGGUUCCGGUGAAGCUGUGGGCGAUCGACCGACAGUGUUUCCAGACCAUCAUGAUGAGAACCGGACUCAUCAAACACGCCGAGUACAUGGAGUUCUUAAAGAGUGUUCCAACCUUCCAGGGCCUCGCUGAGGAAACUCUUAGUAAACUAGCCGACGUCAUGGAGGAGACUCACUACGAGGACGGAGAUUACAUCAUCAGGCAGGGGGCCCGAGGAGACACCUUCUUCAUCAUCAGUAAGGGCAAGGUGAACGUCACUCAGGGGGAUUCAGCCAAUCAGGAGCCGAUACACCUGAGAGAGCUCAGCAAGGGAGACUGGUUUGGAGAGAGAGCUCUUCAGGGGGAGGAUGUCAGAACAGCCAAUGUCGUUGCCGCUGAUGAUGUCAUCUGUCUGGUCAUCGACCGCGACUCAUUCAAGCAUCUGAUUGGUGGACUGGACGACGUGUCCAAUAAAGGCUACGACGACGCCGAGGUCAAAGCCAAGUACGAGGCCGAGAACGCCUUCUUCUCCAGCCUGAAGCUCACCGACUUCAACAUCAUCGACACGCUGGGAGUCGGAGGCUUCGGACGAGUCGAGCUGGUGCAGCUGAAGAGCGACGAGGCCAAAACGUUCGCCAUGAAGAUCCUGAAGAAGCGUCACAUCGUGGACACGAGGCAGCAGGAACACAUCCGAUCAGAGAAACACAUCAUGACCGAGGCGCACUGCGACUUCAUCGUCAGGUUGUACCGGACAUUUAAAGACAGUAAAUAUCUGUACAUGCUGAUGGAGGCCUGUCUGGGUGGAGAGCUGUGGACUCUGCUGAGGGACAGGGGAUCGUUUGAAGACUCCACCACCAGGUUCUACACCGGCUGCGUCCUCGAAGCCUUCGCCUACCUGCACGCUAAAGGCAUCAUUUACCGAGACCUGAAACCUGAGAACCUCAUCCUGGACGGCCGAGGAUACGCCAAGCUGGUGGACUUUGGUUUUGCAAAGAAGAUCGGGUUCUGUAAGAAGACCUGGACGUUCUGCGGGACUCCGGAGUACGUCGCUCCUGAGAUCAUCCUGAACAAAGGCCAUGACGUCUCAGCAGACUACUGGUCUCUGGGCAUCCUGAUGUACGAGCUGCUGACGGGCAGUCCUCCGUUCUCAGGUCCGGAUCCCAUGAAGACCUACAACGUCAUCCUGAGAGGCAUUGACAUGAUCGAGUUCCCCAAGAAGAUCACCAAGAACGCCGGCAACCUCAUCAAGAAGCUGUGCAGAGAUAAUCCAUCGGAGAGACUCGGAAACUUGAAGAAUGGAGUCAAAGACAUCCAGAAGCACAAGUGGUUUGAAGGUUUUAACUGGGAGGGGCUAAAGAAAGGAACUCUGACUCCACCCAUCACACCUGGGGUCUCGUCUGCGACUGACACCAGUAACUUCGACAAUUUCCCUGAAGACACGGAAGAACCGCCACCGGAUGACAACUCUGGGUGGGACUACGACUUCUAAACCUAGAGGAGAAGAAGAAGAAGAAGCUCCUCAGCAGGAUGAGCAGAUGUUUCCUGAUGUUUCUCAGAUGAUCUGAGUUCUGGAUGUUUCUGGAAGCAGCAGGACGAUGAAACCAAACCGACUGAUCCUGCUUCAGAUCCAGGAUCCACCUGAAGCUACUUCUUCAUUGCAGGUUUCCACCUUUUCCAGCUUCAGAACUUCGAUCAGCUGAUCUGAUCUCAGAGCUGCAGAAAAACUUUAACGUGAAGUUUGAAUGAACCAGAAGAACCGAAUUCAUCUGCAGAAGAACUUGGUGGAUCUUUAAAAUGCUGCAAAAAGAUUAUUGUUGUUGAGUCUGUCAGGUCUAAAGAGGAAGAACUCCUUUCUGCUUGAGAACAUCUGGACAGAUGUUUCAGUUCAGGCUUUUUUGGUCCCACAUGAUGCUGCAUCCCCUUAAUCUGGUUCAUCUGGAGCCAAAGUCACCAUGAAGUGCUUCCAGAGGAGGAGCAGGAUUCUCAACAUGCUGCUCAGAGACCCAAAGACCUCUAGAGUCCACAAAGACCUCCAGAGGUUCCACAAAGACUUUCAGGGUCCUCAAAGACCUUCAGAGUCCACAAAGGCCUUCAGAUGUUCCACAAAGAUCUUCAAAUGUUCCACAGACUGGAGGUCUUCUCACUGAAGGUCACAUUGUGGAUAUUAAACUGUAUUUCCAGUGACUCUUCCUACAUUUUGACCUUCAGACCAGGAUCUGCUCAUCAGUCCAUCAUCUCUGGAGUUUCUUGCAGGUUUUCAGAUCAGAUCUGAGAGUUUUUAAAGUCUGGAAACUUUUUUAUCCAGUUUUAUUUGUGGUUUAACUUUUAGCAAAAGAUCAAAAAAGCAGGAACCAGUUUGUUUUUACUGGAUCUUCUUCUAGAUGUUCUGCAGCUUUGAGGUUGAGGUUCUGGUUCUGGUUCUGGGGCAGGACACCUCUUGGAGACCUCGAAGCACCACGAUGCCUUCAGUCUCUGGACGGUGUUUCUACUUUUUAACUUCCUGUUUCCUUUCGGUUGUGAAUCUUUGGAAGCAGACCUUCAGAUUUCUGAAACCUCCAAAUCAGUUCAGACACGUUGUUGAAUCAACUGGUAGUCUGAAGAUGUUUCUAGAACGUUUCAGGAACAUUCUGAGUGUUUCUGACAUAUUUUUAAACCUCUCAACUUUUAAACAGAAUUCAGUAACUUUUCCUAAAUCCACAGAUUUGACGUGACGUUGGUUUAAAUGAAGUAAUUUUUUCUCAGACCUAAGCAGAAACAUUCAGAGAUAAACUCUGGAUCCAACAAACAAACACUUUUAUUCAGAUUAUUUUAUUCUAAGGUUCUGCAGCAGAGUUCAGAUGUUCAGAUGAAGAACAUCUGAUGGACAUUAAAUCUGCUGCUUUCAUCCUGAAACAACCUGAAGGAUUUCUGAUGGUGACCAAAAAAAAAGAAAGUCCUUUAAGCAAAUAAGAUGAGAAAUAAAGAACCACACUUCAGUUCAUCAAGCAGUUGAUGAGGGUUCAUCCUGGAGUUAGAACGUUCAUCAUCUUUAGUCAUCGAGAACGUUUCAUGAUCCAAUUAGUCAGAACCUAAAAGACCAAUAAAGACACAAAGACAGAACACGAAGUUCAAACAGCGGCAGGAAAAUAAAACUCAAUAGAAUCAAGAAAAACGGUUUGGAGAUGAAACGGAAGAGACUGAAAGGCUUAAAGAACCCUUUUAAAGAACCCAAACUUACUGGAAACCAUUUUAAAGAACCUAUACACAAUGGAAACCAGUUUAAAGAAGCGGAACUUUCUGGGAACGAGGCUGGAACCGGAGUGAUGUUCUCAUAUUUCUUAGUUCUGGUUUGUUCUAAAGGGUUUUUUGGAGUUCUAAAGCCAGAUGUUUCUAUAUAAAAGCUGCUGAUCCUGGUUUUGUUUAUUUCUGGAGAACCUUUAUCGGCAUUCUUGAAGCUUCUGCAGCAGCGUUUCCAUGAAGGAUUCCAGCGUUUGUUCUCUGCAGAACGUCUGAUGUUCCUUCUGCUGGGUGAAGGUUGAGGGGACUCCUGCAUGCUUCAGAUGUCGACGUUCCGUCUAGUUUCCACAAACACAGUUACUGCUUUUUAGAUUUGUGUUCUUGACGUUCCUCGUGGCCUUCCUGUAGAAGCAGCUGGUCCUCGUCUUCUGCUGUGAUGUUUCCAGUGAUGUGACUUCUGUGCAUGAGAACAGAAGAACAGUUGUAACGUUAAGGUUCCUCAGAAAACAGUCCGGUGGUGUUCAGCCGUUUGUUGAGAACUUUUAUUUACCAGAUGAGCAGCGGAGGGUCCAGCAGAUGACAAGUCUAGAACCUGGUGGAACUCACAGAAAGACUUUUAUUGGCGAGGCUCGCACCAAGAUGUCACCAAUAAAUGUCUGCAGGAACUGUUUUAGAACCGUUAGAACAGACUGUCGAAAGAUGGACGAAGCCUCUGAGAUGUUCUCAGCCAGCAGGAGGCUCCACAGAAGAAUGAGGAAAUGAGUCUUUUUCUGUUACCUCAGAGAACAUUCUCCUCAGGAGUUUAUGUUCUUAAUCUGUGUUUUCAAGGUUCCUCCAACACAGCAUGAUGUUGAUUCAGUAAAUUUUGGUUCCACUCAGAGGAAAACAGACGAUAGAUCAGUGGAGAAUGAAGUCCAGAAUCCAUCAGUCAGAUCUACAGCUCUGUUUUAAUGUCCCGUUAAAAGAAAAAAAAAAACAGGAUUUCAGAGCGAAAACUCCAAACUGGAGGCUUCACUGUGGCCACGGCCACCUUCAAAUACAGUCUGUGGUCUGGUGAUAGUUAGCCUAGCUUAGCAUAAAGCAGCUAUCCUGGUUCAAAGUUCAAAAAUACACCUGAAGACCUCCAAAGACCUGCAGACCUCCUGGAUCAUCUGGUAAACACUCAGAAACCCAAGCUAGUGUUGUCAUGGUAACCAGGUGACCAGGUAACUAGGUAACCAGGUGACUAGGUAACCAGGUGACCAGAUGACCAGGUAACCAGGUAACUAGGUAACCAGGUGACUAGGUAACCAGGUGACCAGGUAACCAGGUAACCAGGUGACUAGGUAACUAGGUAACCAGGUGACCAGGUAACUAGGUAACCAGGUGACCAGGUAACUAGGUAACCAGGUGACUAGGUAACCAGGUAACUAGGUAACCAGGUGACUAGGUAACCAGGUAACUAGGUAACCAGGUGACUAGGUAACCAGGUGACUAGGUAACCAGGUGACCAGGUAACUAGGUAACCAGGUGACUAGGUAACCAGGUGACUAGGUAACCAGGUGACCAGGUAACUAGGUAACUAGGUAACCAGGUGACCAGGUAACUAGGUAACUAGGUAACCAGGUGACCAGGCUGUUAAUGAAAACCAUCGAUGAGUCAGAGACGUGUUCGGACCAGAAGGAUUCGUGUUCGUGUUUAACUUCUUCAUGAUAUUUAUGAUAUUUGGUGGUUCUGAUUUUGUGAAGCUUGAUUUAUUUGUAUAUAUUUGAAAUAUGAUGAUUCAGCUGUCCUGAUCAUUAUUAUUAUCAUGAUUAUUAUUGUUGUUGUUUUUACAGUGGUUGCCAUGGUAGCUGAAGAAAUCCUCCGUCCGUUCAGAAAGCUUUAUGGUCUCGACUGUUACGACUAAAACUUUGCCAAAGCUGUGGUUCUGUUCAGAGAAUAAAGCCGUAAAAUAAAAA